AUGCAAUUUAUUGUUCAUAGUCACUUAUAUUCCUACCAAUUAAAUAUUAAUAAAAUGUUUAAGAAGAAAUACACGAAAUAUUUUUUCAAAUCCAUAUGUGUAAUAUUUGUUUUUAUAUGGUUUUUAAUUACAUCAUCUUUUGUUGUGUCUGAGAAGUCAAAAGACUGCCCAACAUCAUCGGUUGGCUAUUUUCCUCAAUCAGUUCGAAUUCCUAGCAGUGUUUAUCGUUUAUCAAAAUUGAUUACAAAGCAUAAUAUCAGCUUACCAGUUAUUCCAACUGAAAUAACUGAUCCAAAUUUAAAUGUUUUAAGUGUGCGUGUAAGUCGAUUACGUUCAAGUGGUUCAGCAACAUUCAUUAUUACAAAACAACAGGACACAUUAAAUUUAGAUUUUUGGUGCUUAUUUGAUGAUCAAUUGAUUACUCCGGUGUACAUAUUUAAUGUUCAAAAAUCUAGUAAAUCAAUUUUCUUUUUCGAAUGUUCACUUCCAGAUUCAAUAAUUCAACGUUUAUGGUAUAAUCGAAUAAUAGAUCAAGAAAUAAAAAUUUAUCUUUCUACAUCAAGUAAAAUUCUUUUUCAAGGUUUUCUUGAUCUUCCAUGGUCAAAUUGGAUAGAACAAAAUGAACAAUCAUUAACAUUAUGUACACUCUCAUUAUACAGUAAUUUAACAUAUUUUACUCAAUGGAUUGAAUAUCAUCGUCUAGUUGGUAUUAGUAAAUUUGUUGUUUAUAAUAUUUCAAAUAUGAAUAAUCAAUUGUAUUCUAUAAUUAAUUUUUAUGAAGAAGGAUAUCCUGGUUUAAUUGAUAUUAUUCAAUGGCAUAAUUCUAUUGAUGAAAUUCAAUAUGAUUGUUUUUUACGUUAUGGAGAUAUUUCAGAAUGGAUAACAGUUAUUAAUAUAAAUGAAUAUUUAAUUCCACAAAUUCCUUAUGAUACGCUUCCAAGAUUAUUAACUGAGCAAUAUGGUAGAAAUUUACAAAUUUCUGUUAUGUUAGAAAAUCAAGAAUUUUGUUCUAAUACUCAAUAUCAAUUCACAGAAAAUGAAAUCAUAAUCGAACAUUAUGUCUUACGACAUACAGUUUCAAAUCGUUCAGUCAAAUAUUUUUAUCAACCUCGUGCUAUUGACUAUUUAUCAAUCCAUCGAGAUAAUAUAGAAACAAAGUUCUAUGAUCAAACGAAGAAAACUAUCGCGCUUGCACAAUAUCCAACCAUAGAACAUGGCAAAUCAUUUUCAAAUUGUGUAUUGGAUAAAAUCAUAGUAGAUACAAUGAUCCGAGAUCGAUUUGCUAAACGUUUAUUUGAUGAAAUCCAAAAAUAG